AUGCGCGGCAAUGUAGAAAGAGUCCCAGAUCUAACGAACAAAGACGUCUUUAUCCCGAUCAACUUGAACUCCCACUGGACCCUGGCUUUGGCGAUGUAUCGGGAAACGACGAUUUCUUACUUCAACUCAAUGGACUGCCUUCUCGAAACAGAGGACUACAAUAUGAUCAGAAAACUCGCCGAAUUCUUCGAGAAUAACUACCCGCCAGGCGACAACUCGAGGCUCACAAAGUGGCGCAUUCGAAACAACACAAACAUUCAAGCACAACAAAACUCGGACGACUGCGGCGUCUUUGUGCUUGCCUGGACGAGAGUGAUCGUCACUGAUCUUCGCUACCUCUACCAAGUCGGAAAGGACCCAAAACAAAUGCCAAAGCUGCGAAAAAUCUUCCAGCAGGAAUUGAAAGAAAAUCAACUGAUGAAGAUGCCCUUCUUCGAAACUUUCCAGGGGCAAUAA